AUGCUUCGACCCACUCCCAAGCUUCUGCGAAUGAGCACAACAGGCUGGAUCGGCCUCGGUGCCAUGGGCCGUCCCAUGGCGCUCAAUCUCUUCACCAAGACAUACUUUGCCCACCAAGGAAGCGAUGCCCCUCCCUCCUUAUCGCAGGGGGGCCAAAAGCUCACAUUCCUGUUUUGUGAACAAGAUGAUGGAAGGGCGGAUUCGUUUGUAAGGGAUCUGAGGGAUCGAGGUGGGGUGGAGCUUGCAGAGAGGGUGGAGCGGGUGGGUAGUGGUAAAGAGAUGGUGCAGGCGGCGGCAAAGGUCUUUACGAUGCUUCCUUCGACACCGCAAGUGGAAGCUGUCUACUUGGACCCUGUUCAAGGCAUUCUGGCGGGUCUCUGGGAACUCCCGGGUAAUACGCCUGACUUGCCUCUGGCUACAGCACCUCAAUCAAAUGUAUCGGGCAAUACAAGUCGAGCAGUGGACGAGCAGCUCUCGUUCACGACCACCCUCUCCUCCGGCCCACCACCAAACAACCCCCAUACCCUGCUUAUCGACCAAACAACCCUCGACCCCACCGUCGCCCUCGCAGUAUCCACCCGUAUCCACCAAGAAACCUCUCACGAGGCGCUUAUGGUAGACGCCCCGGUCUCGGGCGGGACGGUCGGGGCGGAGAAGGGAGAGUUGACGAUCAUGUUUGGUUCGCCCUCGGCCGUGGCGACGGGAUUGGUGGUGCCGCUGUUGCAGAGGAUGGCGAGGGUCGGAGGGGUGGUGGAGUGUGGAGGGAGUGGGACUGGGGUGGGUGUCAAGGUUUGCAACAACUUGGUUCUCGCGUGCAACCAAAUCGCUCUCGCCGAAGGACUCUCCCUCGGCCACUCUCUCGGCAUCGACCCCUCCCUCCUCGGCAGCGUCAUAGACACCUCUUCCGGCUCCUCCUGGUCAUCCCGGAUCAACCCGCCCAUCUCCACACUCCCCAAGACACCGGCGUCGCGCGGAUACAAGGGCGGCUUCCAGACGAGGUUGAUGUUGAAAGACGUUGGUUUGGCGCUUCAGGCGGCGCACAAGCAUAGUCUUCCGACCCCGUUGACGUGGGCGAGUAAAAGUGUUUAUGAGGCGGUUUGUGAGGAGGGGAAUGGGGAUUGGGGGGCGAAGGAUUUUAGUGUGGUGUAUGAGUGGAUCAAGAAGAAGCAGAGGGAUGGUGUGGAGAAGGGGUGGAAGGACUGA